AGCCUUGAAAAGAACAGAGCCGACGCUUGGCUUUUUUGCUGCCUCCCCGCUGCACGAUUGCCUUGAUUGUCGAACCGACGGCCGCAGGUUGACUCCUUCAUCAGCGCCCGCUGUUUCUCCGUCUCUGACGCCAAACUGCCUGCAUCAUCCUAUCAGGAUUUUUUCUGCAGUGCGGAGAGUUUCCAUCGUUCAUCAACGAAUAACCAGAGCCCUUUUUGGUUCGUCUGCGCAAUCGCCCGCAGAAGGGAAGAAGGAGAACGGUCCAAUUGAUCGAUACGGAACAGAAAGGAAGCCAAGACAAGGACACUGAUUUUUGCAACGUACCGGCAUUACCCAGACCUACUGCAAAGGCCAUUCACCUCUUCCUCUAUUCAUCGGGAUUUCUGUGACUUUGACUAGCCAUGGCAUCCCCUUUGCAGUUCGCCUACCGAACCCAGAAGACCAUCGGCGUCUUUAACGCCGCCCCGGUCUACGCGCCCCUUUCUGGGUUCACCAAGCCCGAGGGAAACCUGCGGUGCUGUGCGUACUCGCCGUGCGGCCGCUUCUUUGGCUGGGCAACCCCCGAGGCCCUCAAUGUCGUCGAUACCUCCAGCGGCCAGCUCAUCCUGAGCCUGCCCAUUGCCAACGUCUACGAGCUCGGCUUCUCGCCCCUGGGCACCUUUGUCAUCACCUGGGAGCGGCCGGCCAAGGACGAGGCCGGCGACGCCACCAAGAACCUCAAGGUCUGGCGCACCGUCGAGGACGGCGUCGAUGCUGCCGCCAAGGUGCCUGUCGGCCAGUUUGUCCAGAAGCAGCAGGGCGGCUGGAACCUGCAGUACACCGCCGAUGAGGCCUACUGCGCCCGCCUCGUCACCAACGAGGUGCAGUUCUUCCAGAGCCAUGACCUCGUCACCGUUUGGAACAAGCUGCGCGUCGAGGGUGCCACCAACUUUGCUCUGGCUCCGGGCCAGGACCACGCUGUGGCCGUCUUUAUCCCUGAGCGCAAGGGAGCCCCCGCCGCCGUCAAAGUCUUCAAGGUGCCCGAAUUUCAGAACCCAAUCUCGCAAAAGACCUUCUUCAAGGGCGACAAGGUCCAGCUGAAGUGGAACAAGCGGGGAUCCAGCCUCUUGGUCCUGGCUCAGACCGACGUGGACCGCUCUGGCAAGAGCUACUACGGAGAGACGACUCUCUACCUGCUGAGCACCAACGGCACUCUGGACGCUCGCGUGACGCUGGACAAGGAGGGUCCGAUCCACGACGUCUCGUGGUCGCCUUCGUCCCGACAGUUUGGUGUUGUCUAUGGUUAUAUGCCAGCGAAGACGACCAUUUUCAACGACCGCGGUGUUGCCGUGCACUCGUUCCCCCUCGGCCCGCGCAACACCAUUUCCUUCUCGCCCACCGGUCGCUUCGUCCUCGUUGCCGGCUUCGGCAAUCUUGCCGGCCAGAUCGACGUGUACGACCUCGAAAAGGACAACCGAAAGGUUUGCACCAUUGAGAGCGGCAACCCGAGCGUGUGCGAAUGGAGCCCCGACAGCCGUUACAUCAUGACGGCCACGACCUCCCCGCGACUGCGCGUCGACAAUGGCGUCAAGCUGUGGCACGUCACCGGAGGACUCAUGUACAACGAAGAUAUGGUCGAGCUGUACAACGUUCUCUGGCGACCCGCCGACGCAGCUAGCCUCGAGGCCGGAGAUCCUCUCAGCCCUAUCCCGACACCGCACGAAUCUGCCGCGGCCUUCCUCAGCACCGUCAAGGCGCCCAGCAAACCUGCGGGAGCCUACCGACCUCCUGGCGCUCGUGGACUGGCCACGCCGCUUCACUUCAAGCGCGAGGAUGAGGGCGGCGCCGCUCACGUCGUCAGCAACGGCACCCAGAACGUGAGUGCCAACGGCUUCGGCAGAUCCCGACGCGCCGUUCCCGGCGCCGAGCUGGCCGAGAACGUCCCGACCGUCCGGACUGUGCCUGGUGCGGAGCCCGCCAACGAAGACGGCGGCGCCAAGAAGAACAAGAAGAAGCGCAGCAAGAAGAACAACCACACCGACGGCAAGCUGGAGCCUGAGCCUAACGGAGGGGCCAGCCUUGCGCCGCCGCCGCAGGAAUACGGCGGUGGCUCGGGCAACGAGGGUCGCAGCCCCGAGAGGCGCGGAGUGGCCGGUGGCAACCAGAACGGCCGCAACUUCAGGAGCCGGUCCCGCAACAACAUGAACCGCAGCCGAAGCAACACUCAGCAAGGCGCCCGUGGCCAGAACGGUGUCCAGAACGGACAGCAUCAACAGCAGCACCAGCAGUCCGGUCCUCCCCCUAAUGCCCCAACUGAGCCAGCGUCGCAGAACCCAAACGCUAAGAAGAUUCGCAGUCUGCAGAAGAAGGUCAGGGCCAUUGAGGACUUGGAGAUGCGCCUUGCUGGUGGUGAGAAGCUGGAGGACACCCAGCUGAAGAAGAUUCACACCAAGACAUCUGUGCUCAAGGAGCUGGAGUCUCUCGGUGGCGAGUCGUAAAUAGCCCUUUUUGGACUUGUGACUGAGGAGAGCAUACAGGGGGAGGGUGUGGAUGUGCACAGGGUUGAUUGGUAUCUGCUUGGUUUGUCUGUUGUGUUUCGUUAUUUCACCUUGUGGAAAUGGGCGCCCCAUAGCCCGGCAUCUUCUGGUAAAAAGCUUUCAGAGUAUGACCACUCGGCCGAAGGCUAUUACUGAGCGGGUGAGGUGAAAACAGUGAGAGAAUGGAGAUGGUGAUGGCGAUUUGGUUUUGUACACCACUUGCAGCACAUCGUUUCUUGGACAAGGAAAGCGAUGUGCUUGUGUCCAUCGGGCCCUCGGGCCGCGGUGGUCGAGGUAGACGUCCAUGCCGGUAAAUGGUUGCGAGCACCGAGUUCACGCCUUUUGCUGUGGGUGUUCUCGGGAUAGAUGGUGCUCUGAAGCUUAG